AUGUCUGCCGACAUCGGCGAAAUCAAGAAAAAAUAUGGAUUUGGAGAUGACACCACUGGAAAGCUUAAGGAUUUUGGAUUUAUUGUCUCCGAUGAAGGACCGCGCCCAUCUGCUGAAGACAUCAUCCCAAGCAGCUCUUACUCUUAUGCUGCUCCACCACCUCCCCUCCCUGACCUCUAUGAGACCUCUACACCUUCUUCUUCCUUACGUCAUGAUACCGACGAAGGUCCAGCUCCAAGACGAAUGUCAAUCAAAGGAAGAGCCACAGCUUCUACAGUAAUACAGCAAGCGCUUUUUAUGGAAGACGACGAUGUUACAUCGACUGUUUCGACAACAGCUGAAGAAGAGGUGCCUGAGACACAACCUCCACAAUCUUUGAGCCAAGCUGAUAGUUUGCUGAACGAUAGCACCAUUGUUCCGCUUCCAAAAAUGACUCGGAGUCCUUUCAGAAAAUCUCCCAAAACAUCUCUCAACACCUCAUCAGUUUUUGACAAUGACAGCUCCUCUACUGGUAUGGGUAAAAAGCGCGUUGCGGAGGAAGAGACACUCAAGCCAACGACAACGAAACAGAUGAAGCUGUCAUUUGGAUCAGCUUCGGCGAAGGGGAAAGAGAACGGAAGAUCGGCUUACUCAUUGUGGUUGGCAAGUCAAGAAGAAACAUUACGCAGUAUAUUUAAUGGAUUUAAGUCCGGAUUUUAUGAAAUUUUCAACAGUUUCAGUUUCUUCCAUCGGCAGAAAAGAAGGAGUGGAAGAGUCGUGCAGAGUCAAGCAAUUGAUAGCUGUCACAUCCUGACGUCAUAG